AUAAUUUGUUUGGAACUUUGCAGCUUUUCACUUUUAACCCACGGACAGCAAACAUUUUUUGGCAAGGGAACGCUUAAAAAGCUUUUAAGAUUCUUCUGGCACGCGGGGAUUCAGUGUCUCCUACUUGUAUUUUUUUAUGCUCUUUUUUUUACUUAUAGAGCAUUAUUUGUAUUUUGAGCUGCAGCCUGCACAUCGUUUUCAGUUAACUCAAUAGGUAUCCAACAUAAGAAAACCACAGUCGAUAGGAAGAAGACAGAGAACAAGACCAGAGAGAUGGCUUCAGAGUUCAAGUCUCUACCUGUAAUUGAUGUGGGGCCCCUCUUGGAGAAGACUGAAGAUUCAGAAAUGGCUAACGAUCAAAGCGUGGCUGAAGUUGCAAGACAAUUGGACAAAGCAUGCAGAGAAACAGGAUUUUUCUAUGUGAAAGGCCAUGGAGUUCCUGAUCAUAUUUUGAAAGAAGUACGAGACUUGUGCCGUGAGUUUUUUCAUCGUCCUUCUGAUGAGAAAGAAAAAAUUAAGAUGAGCAGUUCAACAGGAUACAGAGGAUAUCAAAGAGUGGGAGAAAAUGUAACACUUGGCCAACCUGACCUGCAUGAAGCUAUUGAUUGUUAUAAGAAUAUGAAACCGGGAGCUUAUGGAGAGCUUGGUAAAGUACUGGAAGGAUCAAACUUGUGGCCAGAUUAUCCAAAGAGAUUUGCCCCACUUAUGGAAGAGUAUAUUAGUAAUGUGCAAGAUCUUGCUAAAAAAAUUAUGAAAGGAAUAGCUUUAGGAUUGGGCAUGCCACAAGAUACAUUUGAAGGUGAAAACGGUGGAGACCCAUUUUGGGUCCUGCGUAUUAUUGGUUACCCACCUAUCGACAGUGACACUGAAGAAUUCAACAUGCAAGAUUCUGGGGUUGGAUGUGGAGCACAUACAGACUAUGGACUGCUUACAUUAGUGAAUCAGGACGAUGACAUAUCAGCACUUCAGGUAAGGAACUUUGCUGGUGAAUGGAUAUGGGCUGUUCCUAUUCCUGGGACAUUUGUUUGUAACAUUGGUGAUAUGCUGAAGGUGUGGACCAAUGGUUUCUAUCAGCCUACAUUACAUCGGGUGAUCAACAAAAACCCCAAAUAUCGUGUUUCAGUGCCAUUCUUCUAUGAGCCAAACUUUGAUGCAGUUGUUGAACCAUUAGAAAUUUUCAAGGAGUUAACUGGAGGGAAAGCUCUUUACAGCCCUGUGAUAUAUGGGAAUCAUAUAAGUGGAAAAGUGUCGACAAAUUUUGACGAAAUCCUAUGAAAUCUGGCCAUUUCAUAGUCUAAAAUAUUAAAGAAAAUAUUGACUAGGUGUUGGCCGCCCAAUCUUAAGGCAACAACAAUCUAAGGAGAAUCGCAGCCUUUGGACUAGUUAAAGGCUGUCAUACCAAGUGGGCGAUUCAUUAUAUGAAGUCAUCCUCACAUUUAUUAUGACUAAAGGUUGUGUUCUAGAUUGCUAAAGAGAACACAAGUUUAAUGAGCCAUUGUUAGGGGAAAGGGCCUUGUAGUGGACCACUCUAACUUCACACUUUUCAAAAUUUUAUAUGGAAAUUUCAAAUCUCUCAAUUUUGGUAGUAAUUUAGUUGUCAAGUUCCUUAAAAAAUCUGGUUUUGAGUCUAUAUGAUGUCACAUGAGCAUGCUUUUUUGUUGAGGUGUCCAAAAUGGUUAAAAAAAAGACUGAUAGUUG